GUUAGCACACAAUGAGAGCAGACAGCAAACAUUCCUGCUGCUACGGGUGGAUCGUGUUAAGGCCACCAAAGGCCGCCACCAGGUGACUGGGAAUGUCAUUACAAUGCUAUUUCUUCGAUUUGGCGAUCCUCUGCCAUCAACUAUAAUCGGCAGCGAUUCCGCUUAGCCUAGGGGAGCGCUGUGAGCAGGACCUCUAGAAGUGGCUUCUGGUCAGAAGUGGAUGUGAUAACAACAAUACGUCAUUCAAGUAUCGAGUAUGCCAAAGUCACUAGUGACUCGCCGUAGCCGCCGUACUAACCAUUUUGAGAACUGCGUGUAUGACUUCGUGAGUUUGUAAAAUGAGUCUGUGUAUUUCAAGCUGAUCGAGGUGGCACGUUGUAGCUGUUGUUGGCGACUGUUGACGAACAAGUCGAGUAGGACGUGUUGUUAAAGUAGCAGCGCAACAUGCCCUUUAGCAGUCUGGAUGAAGUCGAGUUCGGCUGUGAGCCCCUGCCGUUGCCGCAGACCCAGUCAGCGACCGGGUGCGCACCUUCUCGAACAGGAACUCCGCAGCAGAUUCAACAACAAUAAUAGUAACUGCAACUCGAAAAGCAACAGUAGGGAAAGCCGCAACUACAACAACAACAACAACAACAGCCGUCCAACUCAGAGUGGCCAUACUCGUCAUGUCUUCAACGACUACGAACGCCAACAGUUCAGCAGCUGUUCGGACCACCGCUACAACAACCAGUUCAAUAGGUGCUUCUACUACGGCAACUCGCAGAGGGGGCCAUCCCUCCAGACAGAAAAGGUUCGGUCCUGCACCACUCGCGUCCUUUGAAGAUCUACCCACGGAUGAUCAGGACAGUUCGCCUGAAAACAACGAACCAGCCACUGCACGUUCACAGGCUUCUGAAGGCAGCACGCAAAGUUAUCAUCAAUACCAGCAACAAACAGUGAUACAGUCCUCGGCAGACAAUGGUGCUGCGGUCGAAAGUGGGCUGAACUGGAACUUACGUCUUGACCUGGGCAGUGCUCGCUCAGGACAUCAAUCUGGCAGUCGAGGGGACUCCGAAUUGUCCACACCGGUCGCUCCAGAUAGCGACAUCGUUUCACAGAUAACGAUCACUCCGACAGCAGACAGUCGAAACGUUUCGCCUCUGCAAGGGUUCCGAGCGGGGCUGGUCGUUACUGAUCCUCUAGCUACGGCCGAUUAUCAUUACUGCCAUAAUCCUACAACAGGAACAAAGUCCUCUCUAACGACGUCAGUAACUGAAGAAAGCUCCUACAGGGACGAGGAAGAAGAGGCAGCUGACGUUGUGGAUGGACCCGGCAAAAUACAAAAUUUUCCUCCAGUAAAGGAUGUCUUCAAGGUAACGAACGCAGAGGAAAGCGCCGAAAAGGAAGUGCACGAAAUGGACAACCGCUCCAGGCAUACGCCCGAGGGACAGCCUCCUUUCCAAGAAAUUAUGGCGGAUCAAGUGGCUGUUACUCAUGCAAUGAUCCACGAGAAAAACUGUCAGAUACGCUUACCCCACGAGGACAGCUCGAUUGACCAGAGUGAAGGUAGUGGGUUUCCUGGGCAGAAAUUUUCGGGCGCUACAAUAACAGCCAGUAUGGCGUCGGAUACAGCCAUUACAUCGGAAGCGAUACUUGAAUCGCUUUUAAAGUUUGAAGAAGAAAGAAUUCCGUUAUCUGCCCGACUUGAAAGAUCAUGCCAGUCGAUCGCGGAUAUACCGAGCGCAUCGCAUUCUCGAAAGAAUUCGUCUUCAGUACCUCAACGACAGCAAACACAACAAGAUCAACCUAUUAGCAGUCUCGCUGAAGCAGGUGAUGCACCGUUUGAUACCUCACCCACCUGCAAGGACAGAUCGCAGCCUGAAGGCAGUCAACUGUUGCCGGCAGGAUCAACCGCUCGGACGAACAAUGGUGUUUCCGAUCGGGAAUCGGACACAGAUUACGCCCCUGAACGUAUUGGAUCGCCCGACGCCGACGACGAUGGUUUGGCCGACCUGUCUUCGCCUGCCGGAGCAAGCGCCACGCGUCGGCGAAGACGCAAACUUCGCCCUCAGACAAGUGACGAUCGCUUCGAGAGUCUGCGUUUGCUACCGGCCCAAGAUUCGGUUGAUGUAGAAGACGACGAUGAUUACGAACUACAGCUAUUGAGCCUACAUUCAUGUGGACCGGAAGUUCAAAUAGACGAAGCACCUACCGAAAAAAUCGAAGAUGAGAACGCAAAAAGCAGGAGAGAUGACAACAUCGCCAUUGUUGCCGCACCGCGUACCCCACAAAAACAGACGGUUGCACCGUCACACCAGCGUCAACAGCUUGUCACGAUUCCGCUCGAGCGGCCGCGAUCGACGACACCCAUUAAUGUUGCGCCACUAGAAGCGUACAUUCAACAACAACAACAACAACAACCAACUGGAGAAAUGCCGAAGAGUGGAGCCAGCCAAGGCUACCCAUCAUCGGGGGCGAGUGGAGUGAGAUCUCCUGAUAGGUUGAAGCUCACUUUGCCCGGACAACAUGCUGGUGGUAACUUGGCGAAAAGUCCGCGAAAAGGCUCUCUACGAAAUUGGGAGGAGUUUUGCGAAGAGGCCCUACAGCACAGUCCUCGUACGCGUUCAAAAUCCGACGCCGCUGCCCUGGGUCAACGUUUCUUUCCGGACCCACUUGAGUUCUCGCCCGCAUCACCUCCCAGACCGCCAGAUACAACGGAAGACGAAAUCCAGAGUCCGUCAGACUACCAGGACCCGUUCAGGCGACGGUUAACCUGCUCGUGUAAAUGCCGCACAUGCGCGUGUCUCUGUGGAGGCUGUGACUGUGACUGCCAUUUCUACACACAGAAGGUUUUCGAAUCCCACCUAAACGACACAAUGAGUCAUAUCGUAGAAAUUAACGGAACUCCGGGGUCACCGCGUGAAGACGAGCAAAGCCUCUUGUCGCCUGAGGAGGCCGCAGUGCAAGGCGCGUGUCUCUGCGAGUGCCACACGUUACCAAGGGACACUUCGUGCCUUUUAACUGCCCCAUUAUUGGUCGCGCAAUCGUCACUCGAUUCAUGCUAACAACAACACCUUCUUUGUCCCCGUUUCCACCAUCCGCGAGAAUGAGCUUGUCAUCGGCUCACUGCCUGAUCCCUGGUCUUCGCAGCUGCCGCAGUGUAGUUCUUGUAGCUGCCCAAGGCUAGAAACGCCUAGAGCAAUUGUUGCUUACUCGAUGUUUAAUGUUGGACGUUCUAUUUAAGCGAACACAAAUGGUACCGCAACUGAUUGAGCGAGAAAAGCAAGAAUAAUUGGAAUAACAACUCAUACGAGGCAAUCGUCCAUUCAUAGCUUUUGAUAUUGACUAACUUAGUAAUCGGAAGAAUCCUUCCUUGUACCAUAGGAGGAGGGGCGCUUACCCUGCAGCGAGGGGCCGCAGAAGUAUGGUAGUACAACACAAAAUUUGGAAGGGCGCAAAAUCACAAAUAUAAAAAACCAAACGCCUAUAUGAGACGUAAAGCAUGACAACAAGUCGAUUAUUCCUAUUUUCAUGUCAAUAGAACAGUCGACGGGCGGCACUUAAAUGGAUUGUCCUUCAGCCUUCACCAUAGCAAACAUGCAUUCAGCGGUACGUGAGCAACCUGUCGCAGCAUUAUUACGAAGGAUUUCAAGUUGAUGGUGAAAGGACUAUCCGGUAGGGGCAAUUUCUACAAACCGCAUGCUCAUGUCCUUGAUAGCACCGUAUGCCGAUCUCAAUGUAGAGGGCGACAAGAGACAAUGAAGAAACGAAUAUGGAGGCUAGACAACGUCUCUAGUGUUUUUAUAUUUGAAUCGAUGUUGAAUAUACGUGAUGCAUCAAUGUUCAUAUGCUGAAGCAUAUGCCAAUUUGUACCCGUAAAAGGAAACCGAAACGCCGGAAGUUUUCAUUAAUACUGAUAUGGACAGCUUAUCUUCAACACGGUGCCGAGUGAUCCAACCUCGAGUUCAACGCAUUGCUAUGCGUCCUUGUAAUCGUUCAGAGUUCAAGAACGGCAAGCGUAGCUGAAUUUUAUGU